GACACUCCCCAGCCUGGCUGCUACCGACACCAGCAACCUGCCACAUUCACUCCUCCGUACGAAGAGAAGAUCAAGAUCUGCGGAGAGCAGCAGCAGCAGCCAUGUCAGGUGCAGCAGGCGUCCCCCCAAGUAGUAGCAACCGCAAACUGCUUCAAACACAGGCCCAAGUCAAUGAGGUGGUGGACAUCAUGCGUGUAAAUGUGGACAAGGUACUGGAAAGAGAUCAAAAGCUGUCAGAACUGGAUAACAGGGCAGACGCCCUCCAAGCAGGGGCUUCCAAGUUUGAGACAAAUGCAGCAAAACUGAAAAGGAAAUACUGGUGGAAGAACUGUAAGAUGAUGAUAGUCAUGGGAUUGGUGUGUGCAAUAAUAUUCAUCAUUCUUAUCAUUUAUUUCUGCACUUAACCCUGCGGAAACCUUUCUUCCACCUGUGACCUCGUUAUUGCUCCUGUCCAUCCACUUUCUGCACCUUGUCCUUUGUUGUCCUCCAUGAGCCUCUCCACUUGGCCGUUCCCAUAAUUUGGCAUCAACCUGUGUUUGGAGUGUGAUAGCAGACGGUCACUAGUGUAAUGGGCUCGUAUGAAGUGCAAUGAAGAGCUUGCCGCAGUGAGGAAUUGCAUACAUAGAGUUGUCGUACGUACAGUCCUCUCAGCAAGCACCCAAGAUGCUGGCCGAACCAGGGAUUGAGUUUGUGGGAACUUGUAAAUAAAAGUGUAUCUGUUAUCAUAUGUGGCUGGUAAGGUGUGAUGUUCUCGUCUUUAUUUUAUUUUUAAGCCAAUGCAAUUGUUAUCCUAUUUAUGGCGGAACUAUUUCUAACAGAAGAGAGACAUAAAUAAAAAUAGCUCAUUGUUAUUUAGAAUGACAAAAAGGAAAUUCAGUGUCAAACAUGAAUAAAUAACAGAAGCCUAUUAUGCAUGCUGACAUGGAGGCAGAAAAGAGGAAAUACUGUAUAGCCUUCACUCGGGGGCAGUAUCGGACUGGGGCAUGUAAGGCCCACCAGGGAAAUGCAAUCACAGGGGCCCACUAAGGAGCAUUGCUAUAUGCUGGAAGGGGUGUGGUCACAUGACCAGAGAGGAGUGGCCAAGCAUUAUAGGCACCACCUAGCAUAGUAUAUAAAGAAAAAGAGAUCUGUCUCACUGCCCACUUCAAGCUGUUGUAUAUGUGCCUGGGUUACACUGGGAGAAAACAGUAAAUACACAUAAAGACCCCAGUAUUGUGCCAAAUACACAUAAUGACCCCAGUAUAGUGCCAGAUACACAUAUGCCCUCAGUAGUGCAGUGCCAGAUAUACAUAUGCCCCCAAUUGUGCUAGAUACACAUACGCCCCCUGUAGUGCCAGAUACACAUAUGCCCCCAGUAGUGCCAGAUACACAUAUGCUGCAUGCCCCCAGUAUUGUCUGAGACACAUAUGCCCCCACAGUGCCAGAAACACAUACGCCCCCAGCAGUGCCAGAUACACAUACACUCGCAGUAGUCCAAUGCAAGAUACACAUAUGCCCCCAGUAGUGCCAGAUAUACAUAUGGCCCCACAGUGGCAGAUGCACAUACUGACCCCACAGUGCCAGAUACACAUAUGCCCCCAUGGUGCCAACCUUCAUUUCUCCCACUGCUGUGUCAGUGUUUCAUAGAUAUGUUAUAAACUGCCGAGUGUUUCUGCCCAUUUCUGCUGUGUGACAUCACACGCAACCACCACGAUCAAAAAUAUGGCAUCAGGCAACCCUACUUUCUGCGAUCAAACAGAAAUUGCGGUAAGAUCGCUACUUCUGCUUGAUCAAGGAUGGGGGGGGAGCGCCGGGCAGCAUGCCGCCCAUUACCCUGUGAUGGGCGGCCCCCAGCAUGCGUUCACAAGGAUUGCAAAUUCUGCUACUUAGAAAAAUUUGCAAUCCAACCUGAAUCAGGCCCUUAAUGCGCUUUUUUCAAGAUCAGCGUACACUGAUCUUCAAAAAAGAGAAAUAAAGCGCUGAAACGUUGAUAUAUCCAUGAGUGCUGCCAUUGAAAGAUGGCCCUCAUUCCGAGUUGAUCGCUCGCUAGCUGCUUUUAGCAGCAGUGCAAACGCUAAGCCGCCGCCCUCUGGGAGUGUAUCUUAGCUUAGCAGAAGUGCGAACGAAAGGAUCGCAGCGCUGCUACAAAAACAGAUUGUGCAGUUUCAUAGUAGCUGGAGACCUACUCCUAGCUAGCGAUCACUUCAGUCUAUUUAGUUCCUGUUUUGACGUCACACACACGCCCUGCGUUCGGCCAGCCACGCCUACGUUUCUCCAGCCACUCCUGCGUUUUUAUCUGGCACGCCGGCGUUUUUACACACACUCCCCAAAAACGGUCAGUUUCCACCCAGAAACACCCACUUCCUGUAAAUCACUGAACGAUCAGCAGUGCGACUGAAAAGCAUCACUAGAGCUUGUGUGAAACUGCAUCGGCUUUUGAGAAAGUACAUUGCACGUGUGCACUGCGCGCCAUACGCAUGCGCAGAAGUGCCGAUUUUUAGCCUGAUCACUGCGCUGCGAACAACGGCAGCUAGCGAUCAACUCAGAAUGACCCCCGAUGUGUGUAUAUUGUAGCACUCAAUAUUGAAAGAGAGGCAUAAAGACAUGAUAUCAGACAUCAUGCACUCCAUGAUUUAUAUAUAUAUAUAUAUAUAUAUAUAUAUGUAUAUAUAUAUAUAUAAAUAAAUAAAACAUCAUGGUGUAGACAAUGUUCGAUAUCAUCCAUUUGGGGAAGUUUUAUGACACUAAUAACCUUCAAUCUACUGUAUGAAUGACAGGCAGCCCACAGAUAAUUUACCUAAUCAGGAAAACAUGUUUCUGCAGCGUUGCUGUGUGCUGGGGCUGUGCUGAGGGCAGGCUGGAUGGGGCUGGGCGGCUCCGGCAAGCACUCCCCGCUACUUGUGAAGACUCCGAGUGCAGGAGGAUCCACCGCGUGACAUCAUGACGCGGCGUGACGUGCCCCCGCUCCUCGCACGGCUCCUCUGGGAACAGAGCCCAAAAAUAGAGGUGAGAUCCUGCUGCCUCCCAGCUUGCAUCUGCCGGGUAAAUAAGCUGAUCACUGCUCUGCAGCGCCGGCGAUAACACAAGCACAACUGCCAUGCCGCUGUGGUCUGAAAACCUGUGGCAGGCCCUGCUCCUCUACAUAAGUGGGCGUUGUUAUAAACCACCAGGGCCCACCAGUGAAUCCCCUGGUUCCCCGGCAGGCCAGUACGAGCCUGCUCGGGGGUAACUGGGACUCUGAGCGCCCCUGGCAAAGCAAUGAAAUGGCACUCCGCCCAUAUUUGAAAUAGGAAAGGCGCGUAUGCCGAAAAAGUGUCAUGGUCACACAAUAUUACCCCCAAUCCAAUUUACACCACGCUGUACUGCCCCUUUCUCACAUUACACUGAAUAGUAGUGUCUCUUGGUCAUAUUACGCCACUCAAGGAGACCCUUAUUAACAUUACACUACACAGUAGUGCCUCUUACACACUAUGUGUGCGCUCAAGCUCCUGCCAGGAUGUCAUCACCUCUGGCAAGGGCGUAGCUGCCAUAGGUGCAGGCAGUACAGCUGCUAUGGGGCCCAGAGCUGAGAGAGGCCCACCUUCCCUGUCAAAGUUAUGUGUUAUAUACAUUUUUCGCCAUUGGGUGGUACGUAGGGGUCCUUUUAAACUUUUUCCUUGGGGCCUGCAAUAUAUCUAUGUAUGCCUCUGGACCUGCUCAUUGUAGUGUGGUAUAAAAUGAACUGUAGGGCAUUUUAAUGUUAUAUGAUAUGAACCGGGGCUCUGUAAUGAGGCACAAUAUUAAUGGGGAGCACUAUAUAUAAUAAUGUGUAUUGGGGUACUGUGCGGCAUAAUGUGUACUGGCAGCUCUGAAAUGUAACAUACAUUAGGGUGAACUUAAUCAAUACAACGAUUCAUAAAAGAAACCAGGGCACUACUAUGGGGCAUAACAUUAAAUAAUGCUCUACUAUGGUUCAGAAAAUUAACUAGAGCACUAUUGUAGAGCAUAAAAUUAACAACUGCUGCAGAGAAGUGUAGAAGCACUGGGACAGGGGCCCCCUUCAAAAUGUUGCUAUGGGGCCCACAAAGUUCUGGCUACGCCCUUGACCUCUGGUACAUGCUGGGACAUAGGCAAUGUAAUUCCUCUGUUCUCCCUACCCAUGCCCAUGGCCGGUAGAAGCAGCAGCAGCUCACCACUACCAAACUUGCCUGCACUGAGCUGUGGCUGAAAGGCCGGGAUGAGCAGUUAUUUCAGCUUGGGGGCCAUUUGGCAGGUUUGGCAGACAGUAGAGGGCUGCAAGUGGUGAGCCGGACUUGUAGGGUGCCCCUCAUUCCUUUGCCAGUAUGUGUGUAUGUAUAAAUGGAAAAUAAAAUGGAAAACUAUGUUUUCAAUACCCCUGAAAAUGUUUCUGAUGAACCGGUACAUUGUCUCUGUAUGUUAUGUACUACACUUACUGAUGUAACUAAUUGGAAUUUUGUAUACUCUGAAUAAAUAUUAACUUAGAACGCCCAAUGAAUAAGAA